AUACUGAGGAUCAGCAGAGGGCAGCACUUAAAUGUUACUUCCGUUUAAAACAAAAACACUAGCAGUGUUUACGUGUGUGUUUGGAGUUUGAUACCCUCUGGAGAUAUGUAAUUCAGCAGAAACUACCAGAAUUACCACUGUACAGAAAAAGCCUUAUGUUAAUCUGAAUAAGACAUGAAGACUAACAGAGAGCUAUGGAGAGUGGAUUCUGCGCUCUGAGCGACACUGAAGAGCUCCAAACGCUGAUUUCCAACACUCACAGCAAUUUCCUUUUCGAAAGGUGAGUGGAAAACAGACUCUGCUUUUUAAGAUAGGAGGCUUGUGGGAUCUGUUUUGGGAUUUGGGAGAGAAAUACACAUCACUCGUCACUUGUGCCAUGUGCAGUUGUUGAAAGCUAACCCAUUUUGCAUUGCUGUUGUGUGGGUUUAACUGGUGUUAAGUUCACUGGUGACACUCCGAGCAGUUUCUCCAUUAUACAUCCAAAUCGAUUGAAGCUACAACCCUAAUCUCAGGUCAUAUCUCUGAAAUCACCUGCAUGAUUCAUGUCCACACAUCUCCUUAGGUCCAAGACUCUGUUUGAAGAAAUCCGUGCAUCUAUUAACAACAAUAAUGAAGAGGACCGCUCCUUCUGGAGGCCUGUGCUUCCCUGGGGGGGCGUGUUUACCAUUAAAGCAGGGCGGAAGGCAAUAUCCUGCACCCCUUUAUACGUCAAAAUCAACCUUAAGAACACCUGUACCAUUGAUGGCUUCCUCAUGAUUCUCUAUGUUAUCCUGCGAGACAACCAGGGCUUUCACAGAGAGCUGGCCGGCUUCCUGGGGAAGGAGUUUGUGGAGUAUUUCCUCUACUUGAUGGACUCAUGUGACUACACCACUGUCAAGAUGCUGUGGAUCUGGGAGAGGAUGUCCAAAAGACAGUACCGCUCUGAGAUCCGUAAGGCAGCCCUGGAAAUCGAUCUGUUUGGAAAUGAGCACCAAAACUUCACAGAGAACCUGGAGAACCUCAUGUCCACCAUACAGGAGAGUCUGUGCAGCAACUGGAGCUGCCCAGCUCGUUUCCAGGAGUUCAUGAAGACCACAGUUAACAUCAGGUAUGCUGCACACAAAUGAUUAAAUGUUCCAGUGCUUUUAAAGGAACGUAAUUCAACUUCUGCGGCCAGGUGGCUGUCUAGCAUGAGUCUGGUCCUACCCAAGGUUUCUGCCUGUUAAAAGGAAGUUUUUCCUUGCCACUGUUACUCGUGUUAGAUGAGAUGGGCCAAAUCCUAUCUUAGCGUCUUGGGAUGACGACUGUUGUGAAUUGGCGCUAUAUAAAUAAAAUUUGAUUGAUUGAUUGAUUGAUAAGUAGACACUGAGUGGAUUGGGACCUCUCCUUGGAAAAAAAUUAACAAUAAGAAAUCUCCAUCUGUGUAGGAAUGGUGACACAGGAGAAGUGGUUGGGUUAUAUGUAUACGCCGAUUUACUUCUUCAGCCCAUGGUGUAGACUCCUCUUUGUGUUUUUGAGAGGAAUUACUUUUCCCUCAAAGAAUGAUUCGAGGAGGUGAUGGAGACUUGAUAUUUGCAUGGAUGAUAUUCAUUUAUGUCUCUUUUUUUUCCCCAGUCCUUCUCAUGAGCUGCCUCACAGAGACCCCAUUCAGUCAGCUGUGGAUGAAUUCUUCUGCCCCAAGCUGCUGCUCUGCUCAGAACAAGGGUGAGACACAGGUAUUUAAUCAAAUAUUUAAUGAUUUGUUUCAUUUGAUUCAAUUUUUUCUUUAUUGUUUCCACAGUUGUGGUGGUCUCAGGGAGUUUUCCCAAAGAGUUUUCUGCCAUGGACCCCCACCAUUUGUCAUUCUUAACAUGCAGCAGUGGAAGUCAGAAGAGCUGUCCUAUGUUCCCUACCACCUUGCACUCAGCCAACACAGGUAUGAAGCCUAGACUGUCCCCAUUGGAUAAAAUACAGCACCAUGGAUGGCCACACUAUGGUGCAAAUCACAUGCAGGAAAAAAUUGACUGUAACGCUGGUGCUAGGACAAAUUUGAAGUGAACAUGAUGCAUGACAAUAGUUAGAAACAAGAUGUAAGACGUUAUUACAGAUAUACUCUGAAACCAAGUUAUUACAUAAGAGCAUGGCGCUCAAAAAGUUUUGAUGAUAAUGUAGAAUUUUUCCCUCAUUUUUUUUUUAUUUGAGUAAAAUGGCCGUGAGAACUUUUGCAUUGCAUGGCUUUUGAUCCAUAGUGUGACAAAGUAUCUGACAUUCAUGGUUGUGUACAAAACUCACAUGGCACGGUUGGUUACAUAUACUUCUAAAUAGAUUUUUAAAAUCAGACAUUAAGCCAUGCAAAACGUCUUAAACGGGUUAGUUGUUGUGUUGCUUAAUGAGACUAAAGAACUGCUCAUAGUCUCAAUAAAAGAUGAUCCUUUUUACAUAUAAAUAAAAAGGAAAGCUUUUCCCUUUACAAAUAAACAGUAAAUAACAUUAAAACUUUAAAUUGUUUUCCUUAAAAAGUGUAAUCACAUGACAUUGAGCAUCGUUGUGUAGUGGCAGAGAAAAUGACCUCAAUUCCUCCUUUCUGCACAGGUACUUACUAGAGGGCGCCACACUCUUCAACAAGGAGGAACAUCACUACUCUGCAGCCUUCCAGAUUGAUGGCUGCUGGAUGCACUAUGACGGCCUGAGGAGUGACAACCUGAUCCUGUUACACAAACCACCAGAGUUCCUGCUUCUUUCCUCCCUCGUCUACAUCCGAGCAUCUGACAAGUGAACUUUUCUUAAUGCAGGCGCGCACAGACACUUGAGCACAAGCUGUAAAACAUUCCUACACUCUUUCUGUGCGUAGUUUGGCAUCACCCCUUGAAUGGCAUUAAAGAAGUGUGUUCAUUUUUCCAUUGUUAUUGCAUAAAUAGAUUUUUGUUACUCCAGCUGUUGCUUUCUCUGUUAGUUGAAGCAGUGCAGAAUGAUACAUGAUGUAUUUCCCCUGAAUUUUGACAGAAAGCUUGCUGUGCUAAAGGGUUAUUACUUCUUUUGGCUUGCUUGGAAUCCAAGUCUAAAAUGGACUAUAAUAGUUCUGGGAUGACGCACAUAAAUGGAAAUUACUGACUGAUGUAAGAGGUAUUAAUUUAAAGUUAACCAACAAAUAUGGAGAGAAAUCUGCCACCUCUGGUAAACAGGUUGCUUAAUAAGGAUUUGUUUGCUGUUUAGAAGCCUUGCAGGAAAUGACUGUUUCUAGUAUUCUUGAUUCCCUACAUUUAAAUGAGAAAUUCACGCACAGUAGCCCUUUUCUUGAAUUUACAGUGGUGCUUUCUCUAUUGACACUAUGGUCUUAUAACAACUAAACAGGCUGAGGAGCUGUGCCUGGUUAAGGUUCUUAAAGAUUUGUAUUUGAGGUGAAUUACCAUGAGUUAUUCCAGACUAUAACAUAAAGGUUGAGGGUUGCCUAUUUUUUUCUUACUCAACAAGAUGAAACAUGACUUGUUUUUCUUACAAGAUACAAAGCUGGAAGCAUGUCUAUCAUAAUAGAAAUGCAAGAAUUUGAAUGCUAUCUAGGCACAGGGCAAACGUUAAAUAUGUUUAUGUAUACAUAUUGUUUUUAAAAAUGUUUGAGCAUCAAAUGUCUCAUAGUGCCUCACCAAGGAAAGGUUCUGUUUGAAGUCUUGAUACAAAUUUUGAUCCUUGUUAAUUUUUAAUCUUUUUUUAAGCAGAAAUCUUUAAAAUGCAAAUACAGAUAUUUUGGAUUACG